UUUUAUUGUGCUUUAAAGAAACCAUUUUUAGCAUUUAUUCUUUUUUGUCACUCAAACUCAUGGUAGUGCAAAUUGUGGUUACACUUUUUAGUAUGAAGAGGUUAGUAAGGGUGUCUUUCACAUGAAGAGAUAGGUUAGCCAAAGGACAAUAUGCUGUAGCAGAUUGCAGCAGCUGGACUGGGUUGUAGGAAGUGAAGCUCAGACUAGCCUAUUCGUUGAAACAGUAAUGGUUCAGAAAGGAUUUAUUCUUUGUAUCCUUUCCACAGGUUCUUCAAAGUUAAUUUCUGAAGAUGAGCUGCUGAUAAUCACAAAUGACUAUGAUGAUAUUUAUGGGAAUCGCACCAUCACCUACACCGUGACCUCGCCUCCAAAAUUUGGCAGCAUAAUGUGGAAACAAGCAGAAAAUUCCACACAAGAAAUCUCCUCCUUCACCCAAAACAUGGUGAAAGAACGUGCUGUGCUGUAUGCACAGACUAAACCUGUUGCCUGGAGUGCUACAGAUUCCUUCACCUUCAAUGCAUCAUGCCCCCCAGCAUCCCUCCAAGCUUACAUCUUUAAUAUCCACAUCUCUUAUGAAAAUAUUGGCCCGGAGCAUAGGAGUGCACUCUGUACAAAUACUGGGGCUGUUGUCGCUGAGGGUAGUAGUGUUCUCAUAGAUAAAUCAAAAUUGGAUGCCUCCAACCUUUUGGGAAAAUUAGAUGAAGCGGAACGUCAUUUCUAUGAAGUCUGGUACGAAAUCACAUCUCCACCCCUCCACGGUACAAUUGUUGUAGGUGAAAAGAACCUGACACAUGAAAGACUAAAGUUCUCCCAAUUCAACCUCCAUAAGCAUGGAAUUAUUUAUGUACAUGAUGACUCUGAGACCACUCAUGAUAACUUCACAUUUGACGUGUGGCUAAACCCCAAAGGAAAGCUUGCUCAACGACCCCAGAAUGCAGACUAUGUAGUAUCAGAAAUAUUUAAUAUUACUGUGACCCCUGUUAAUGACCGGCCUCCUGUGCUCAAGACGGGAUCCCCUAGACUCAAAGUGGUCAAAGGGGACACUGUGACUUUGGACCCUGAGAACCUUUAUGUAGAGGACCAAGACACUCCACCUGAGGAGCUUUAUUAUACAGUAAUCAGCAAGCCCAAAAAUGGCUUCCUUGCUUUGGAGGGUCAACUCAAUAAGUCUGCUAUCACUUUCACCCAGGCUGAUGUAAAUCAUGGAAGGGUGCACUUUGUACAAAAGGGGGAACCUUCAUCAGGGGUCAUCUACUUCAGUAUAACUGAUGGAUUCCACAGACCACUCUACAAGCUCUUUAGCAUAGAGGUAGAGAAUAUCACCAUCAGUGUGGUCAACAACACCGGACUGACUCUGUUGCAAGGUCAGACCACAGUGACUCUGACAUUCGAACAUCUGGCUGCAGUGACCAAUGAGAAAGAUGCAUUCAUUAAGUAUUUAGUUACAGGCCCACCAAGGCAUGGGAGUGUCAUGGUUAUGGAAAAGCCGGUCACAUACUUUGACCAAGAGGACCUGCACACUGGCAGAUUAUUUUAUAACAUGACUGACCUGUCGUCCUCUCAAGACAGCUUUGAGUUCACAGUCUUCACAUCUGAGAGUAACCUGACCAACCAGGUAGUAAACAUCACAGUCAGGCCACUGAUCCACCUUGGAGAGCAUGUCAGGAUCCCAGAUGGCAUCCCAGUGAAGCUAAGAAAGGAUGUCCUUGAUGCAACGGAAUUGGCCUCCCUUAGUGCUAGCGAUCCCAUCUUUGAAAUUCUUGAGCCGCCGAAACAUGGCAAGCUAGUCAAAGUCACAUUUGACCUUGGAGGAGCCUCUCACUCGGUGGAGUCCUUCACGUUCAGGGAUGUGGAACAAGGUAGAGUUGCCAUAGAGGAAAACAUCAAUUUCCAAACCAUUAAUGGAAACACAACAGCGGCCAGGUACAAUGUCACAGCAGUCCAUCCACUUAAUGACUCAUUUGUUUUCCUUUUGAAGGCAUCCAAUGUUCAGCCUGCCAUGGGCGAAUUUGUGUAUUUAGUAUUACCUUUUGACCCCAUAACAGGGAAGCAUAUACUUUCAGAGCCGACCAAGUUGCCGACUUACAACAGAACAACAAAUGCUAUGUCACCCAUGUACCCUCCAUCUCACUUAGAUCCAACAACAAGACCACACAGGACUGCUUCAAAGCUGAAACCCCGAAACCGCUGGGGGAACCACACACGAAGCAGAUCAACAGUUCCUCAUGUGCCCCGUACCACGAUGGGCAAGUUGGACCCCUCCCCAAAAAAUACUUUAGUGAGGAUGGAGUCUUUACCAAGACCUGCAUCUGAUCCCCUGCUCAUCAUCCUGCCACUUCUCGCCUGUCUCCUGCUGAUUGUCAUUCUUGUGGUUCUCAUUCUUGUCUUCAGGCACCGCAGGGAAAAGCGGGCCCAUCCGGCAAUGAUACAGGAUCUGACUGGGAACCCUGGUGAAGAUAUUUUAGCCAGAGGCCCAUAUCUGGGUCAGCCUGAGAGAAGUCUUGCUGUUCCUUCAGUUAUAGUGACCCCACUCACUCCAAGCUGUCCUGGCAGCCCUGUUUUAGAGGAAGUACAUGACGCAGCCUUGGUGCCAGCUGUGUCUCCAUUUCUCCUUUGCACAUGGAGUCCACUUGACCCCGAUUCUGCCCAGCAGUGUUCACCAGCAACACCACCCCUUAAACAAAACCAGUACUGGGUUUGACUCAACUCUUUUUAUCACUUCCAGAUGUUGCUUGAACAAAUUUUGUGAACUAUCAUUGUGCAUGACCAUCAUCAGAGCCAACUCUUGCAUUACUGGCUGAGGAAAGUAUGUUUGCAAGUUUCAUACCAUAAACUGAGAAACUUGAAUAUCUACUUAUACUAUUGUCACCAUUUGGAUUUUAACCUUGUAGACUGAAGGUCUCUUGGCUUAGUGUCAAGGGAAAAUUCGCCAAAUAACUCAUUUUAACAUGUUUAUUUUUAAUGUUAGUCCAAUUUUUGUCCUGCCACAGCUUAGAUCUUUUUGUAGUUUUGAUGAUUUUUACUUAAAAAACACAGAUGGGCACCAAAUCUUUGUUAUUACAAGGUCAGAAUAUUUUGCAGUUAUAUUUACCAUUAUACUCUGCCAGAAAAAAAUGAGCAAAAAUUGUACCUUUAGCUUGUCACUGGGGCGGUACCCUCUUUGUACUUCUGUGCAGUACCCUCACAAUUUUGUACCUUCUCUAACACUAUUAGCACACUGAGGUACUAAUAUGCAUCCUUUUGGGGUACAUAAGAUACAAAGUGCACCUUUGAGGGUACUACCUCAGUGACAAGCUAUGGGUAUUUGCAUAUUUUUCAAGCUACAGAUAGAAUGAAUGAACAUGGUUAAUUCAGUUCAGUGACUGCAGUAUAAAUCGAAUGUUAUAAAUUUAGAUCCUUUGCCACAUUUUAGAAGAGAAACAACACAAGCUAAUAUACACAAUGCUGCAGACAAAAGCAACAGGUAAAUGCCGUUAACAUUAGCUUUCUGUAUGUUUAUGUGCCAUUAACUUUAGCUUUCUGUAUGUUAGAUCGUGGAGUAAGUAUAUGUAAACUGUGAGUUUACACAGCUUUUUAAAAAUGUUGGAUGCCAGUGUUUCGUAUGGCAUGUUUUUGGCUAAUCAAUGUACAUUUACAUCACUGGUAGUUCCUAUUUUGCUGGGUUAGACCCUAUUCUGAAGUGUAGGAGCUAAUGUAGUCCCCCCAAAAGGUGUUCCUAGAACUAAAAUCAUUCCCACUUCCUGCGGUGAAAAUACUUCAAAAAGCAGGUACUUUAGCCAGAAGUUUCUCUGGUGCGAAAGCCCCUAAUACUUUAUUGUUUUAAGUCAUUGCAGUGAACUCUGACGUGUCGACAAAUCAUUUGCAAACUAUUAUAGUAAAUUCAUAGUUUAUAUAUUGUAGUCUCUACAUUGUUAAUAUAUUAAUAGGCUAUAUACAAAUAGUGAGUCCUUCAUUCACUAUCACUGUAAUUAACCUAUUACCUAUUAAUUAAUUAAGUGAUUACUGUUUAAAGGUACACUAUGUAACUUUUUUGUUCAAGGUUAUCUCUCCGGUUAUCCGGAUGACCUCGUCUCCAGUAGGCUCAUCGUAGGGCUCCACAAUUAAUCGCAUUUAAAUCGCACGCGAUUUGGCAAAGGCUGCGAUUAUUUCAUGCGUAGCUUGUCAGCUGUACGGCUCUGUGAUCAGUAGUAAAUGCUUCUCCAUCUGAAAGCCAGAGGGCGCUCUCACGCAGAAACUGCAAAUAUGCCCUGCCGCUGAAGUAGAUAACACGCGUCAUUCCAGGAAAACCCUAUGGGCAUCAUACUAUCGCUGUAGCUGAAUAAACAGAAGAUUGAAAUGCUUUGAUUGAUUAAACAUGACUAAUAAACACGCGACUGCCUUAUUCUGUAUGAGAAGCCACAUCAUCUUAGAGAAGGAUGAUGGACUAAUGGUCCGAUUAUUCGUGCAGCCCUAGCUCAUCGGCCUGUCAGCUUCACCAGUGUCUCCAUCUUUGGUGGUGGUAUCUUCGUCGGGUGUCCCUAGGGUGCACUCCAUCAAGUCAUCGUCUCCACCAUGGCUUCUCCCGUCUUCGACUCCGCCCUGGGGCCUCGUUCUCCCUGGUCUCUGGACCACCACCUGGCUCCCACCUUUUACUCCUCCAUGGACAGUUUUAUGUCCUCCCUCCUCAGUUGGACUCUCCUAUGGCGCGAGAACGCACCUUCCCAUGAGGGGGCGAACUUAUCUGUUUCCCUCCUUCAUUGUGUUUUUGAUUCAGUCCUGUGACCUAGGCUGUGUCCGAAAUCGCCCCCUAUACCCUUAAAUAGGGCACUAUUUGAGGGGACAGCCAUUUGUAGUGGUGUCCGAAACCAUAGUGGACGAUGUUGAGUGCACUCAUUCAAUCCCACAAUGCACCGCAAUAAAGAGUGUACAACCGAUGCACGCUCAGCGGCUAGAAAAUACCUAUAAUGCAUUGUGAGAGUCACGCGCUGAAUGAAUUCCCGUGUCUCGCCAGGAGAUGGCGCCCGCAGCUGAAUCAAUCAUCCAUGAAUUUUCCAAACCGCGCUGGUCUAGCAUUAUCAUACAGGUAUACAUUCCUUUUUAAUUGAUCAUUAAAUCGUUUAAAAGGUUUGAACAUGCUAGUUCAACAUAAAUAUUCAUUACUACUGGAGCUGCCAGUUUGCUACAUUUCAAAAGAUUAUUAAACAGCAGCACAAACUAUGCGAAAUCGGCAGCCCUUCCUGUGCACUCGGUGUCCGAAUUCACUCACUUGUUUCAUUCACUCCUUCAAGUGGACUAUAUUAGUGGAGUAAUGUAGGGAAUAGUGAAUGAGGGUAUAGGGGGCGAUUUCGAACACAGAACUAGUUUCCCUCUGUCUGAUAUAUUAUUAUAGUCACCUGUGUCAUGUUAAUUAAGUCAUUAGUCCCGUUGUUUGCUCUGUGUACUUAAGCCUUCUGUUCUCCCUUAGUCUUUGUCCGUUCUCGUUUAUAGUAGCCUUCUAGUAUUAUUCCUCGUCGUGAGAGCUUCUAAGUACCAUGUUACAUAACAGUGGCUCUGUGCUGGAAUUUGUUUUCAAGGAAGUAUAGUGUCUAUUAAUGGGUAAAACUCCAGCAACGUCUUCAGCUAGUCAGCUUUAGAUCCUUUCCAUCCAAACUGGUGAUAUCUCUUAAGCCUAGUAAUGAAUGUUUUAUGAGCAGUAGAACAAACAUAUUCAUCCACACAGUCACGCAGAGCUGAAGCACAACCAAAGCAAUGUUUUUCUGCUAAGUGCAUGCAAUUUUGUUUCUUAACCGCCAGAGGGCCAAAAGUUACAUAGUUUACCUUUAAAUAGCUCAUAAAAAUAGUUAUAUAAUGUUAACUGCUUUGUUAAAUUAUUAACCAUAGAAAUGAUACAGUACAGUACAUGGUACAGUAUUUUUAAACCAGUAGUAAAGGAGUUGUUAAUGGCUAUUAGGAGUAAAUAGUUCUCACAUUAGAUUAGGUCACGGAAAAUGAGAAAAUGUCAUUAAGUGCUUUAAACCAACCUUAAUAAAGGUACUGUAUAUGAGAUCCCUUAACCCUAUCUCCAAAGCUAAACAUAACCACUUAAAAAAAAAAUCAAAAUCAAAUUAAAAUAACAUAAUGCUGUCAAUGUCAAUACUUUAUGUUUUUGUGUCUAUGAAAGCAAAUGUACGUGUGGUAAUAAAAUACUCAUGAGAUCACGUUAAAAUACAUCAGUUAGGAUGAUUGUUACAAAGCAUAAAAACAUCUAAUUCUUUACAUAUGAGCUAAUUAAACAAUUACAGCGUCAAUGAAUUAACAACUCACUAUUUGUACUUAAUAUAUUAACAAUGUAGAGACUACAAAUACAUAAAUUAAUAAUUAGCUAUAAACUAAUAGUUUGCAAAUGAUUUGUAAGUACUUUAUUACUGUAUACUUAUGUGUUAGCAAUUUUUUAAUUAUUAUAAAGUGCAAGAUAUAGGAUAACUACUACUACAGUAACCAAUUUUUUUUUUUCACAUUUCCUCUAAAUGGUUUUCAAAAACAAACAAACAAACAAAAAAACACUAUAGAACUACAGUAGUAUGCUUAUGUGUAAUUGCUGUAGACAGUCUGUCAGAAUGGCAUGAAACUGAGGAGAGAACUGAAACUAUUCAGACGUACAUUAUAAAAGAAGUGUCUAAAUUUAGAAUACUAAGCUGACCACAAAAACAGAUCCACCCUCAGUAAUAUCGCACCACAAAUUUUACAUUCCUGAUAAGCAAGAUAGAAUUAGCAGGCUAUACAACAGAAAAGUGAUGCUAUUGUAAGAAGGGGAAUAGUUACCUUGACACUCCAUUAUGCCUAGUGUGCUUCAAUGAUUAAUAUUCUUCAAACACACAUCUCUAAUUUUUGUUUUUGUUUUAUUUUAUUGUUUUGAAGUGAACAACCAUCUGUGUUUGAUGUUUUGUAAUGCCUAGAACUUACAAUGUUCUUCAGGUUUAUGAAUGUUUAUGUGUGUAUUUAUGUCUUUGUGACUGAGAAAAAGUAUCUCUGGGUUAGAUACACUAAUGUAAAAAUGAUUGUUCUUAUUGUAUGAAUGUAUAUUCUAAUAAAAUCAUUGCUUUUUCUAUAAUCCUUUGGACAGUUUUAACUGGAAUAUUUAUGAUUCAUAUAUAACAUAUAAGUGUAGCGAUGCACUGCAUCACAUUACUCAAUGUCUUUAUAGAAACAUUCAUAAAAACACAACUGAGCAGUGAGCAGUGCAGUGUAGUGAAGUUUUCUCCUUUGUGUUGUUUUAUGCACAAUAUAUGUGGGCUUGUUAGUGAUCGGGGUGUGGAAAUGAAUUCUUCAUGAUUAAGGACCUGAGUAUGUGAACAGAGAAGCAGGCAGUGUGUGGAAAGAGAAGCCUAACUUUAGCUCUUAUAAAUAAUUCAAAUGCAGUGAGAGAUUGACUGCUCCGGACAGCUCUGGUUUUUCCUCUUAGUAAGCACAAAAACUAAUGGUGGUACGAUCUCCUUCAAGAGGUCAUUUGACUGGAGCUCUGAGGCCUGAACAUGCUAAUCUUCCUUGAUGGUUGUUUAUUUUCCCACUUUUCUUUCAUUCUUUUUAAGUGGUUCUUAACCCAUUUAGGGGAUGGACCACCUAACAAGUAAAACAAAAACUGUGGAAUACAUAAUAAUCCAAAUCUCAUGUGGGGGUCUCCUUGGUCAUCUUUUUAACCAAUCCUGUCUUUAGACAGUUUACUUUUGUUCUUCUUUGAAAUGAACUAAGACUGCUACUGAUACUGAAUCUACAUAAGCCAACCAUUUGCAAGCGAAGAAUUUCGAAUGAACAUCUUCUUAUAUUGACACAUAACACUGUUAUCAAAAUGAGAAAACAAUUUGUCAUAAAAUUUGUUUACACAAUAAGUUAUGUGUUUUAUUACACAAUUAAUUGUUAUUAACCGAUGAUUAAUUGGUUGAUUAAUUCAGUGUUAGUGCUUUUUGGCCAUUAUAUAUUUUUUAUUAAGGACUUUUUUUUUUGUAUUUUUGUAUUUUAAACCAUGCAAUAACCACUGGGAAUCUUUCACGGACCACCAGUGGUCCAGAGUUUGAGAUCAGCUCUAUUUUUGAAGUUUCACUUCAAUUUUUCUUGCUCAUACACCUGUUAAACGGUCUUGAUAACAAUCAGAUCACUUAAAUAUGUCCACUAAGCUCUCAUUUACUGUAAACUAACUAAAAUCCUGUUGUAACAUGGGAGAAAAAGUCUAAACUGAAUAAUGGAAGUGCUGGUAAACUAGUACAGUGAGUGAUCCUCUCUGUCUUGUCUGGAAUGUCCUUUAGAUAAAGAGGGUUUCAGCACAUGUUUUCUAGGUCAUUGUUUCUUUGCACUUCUCCUCCAGGGCUGAGAAACUGUGUCU